AUGGCACAGAGUCUUGAAUCCAGGCCUACAGUGGUGGACUUUCGUGAAGAAAGCCCGUGGGUACAGCUAGCCAAGGCCCACUGGCUGAACGCGAAGGUCCGUAAGGCCAAACCAGAUGUCAUCAAAAAGCAAUUGUGGGAUCCUUUGGAAGCAGAGGCUUUCAAUAGUCGCUCGCUCUUGAUCCUCGAGAACCUGAAUAUUCUUGAGAAGUUCCUUUGGCCAACCUACACCGAGGAUGCAUCGAAUCACCAUGUACUGCUGAUCGCCUUGAUUGUCAGCGUAAAGCAUCGCGAGCACUUGCCGAUAUGGGAUAUCUUCUCCGACCGUGCCGAUGACUUCUCCAAUCUCUUCCACCGCAUUCUCUCAAUGAGCAUUGAUCAUUCACUCUCGACUCGUUCCCGGCUUUCUAUCAUAUCGUUCAUCAUCAGCGCUUUCCAGUCACUCGAGAACGUACUGAUUCGCAAAGAAUGCGCGCCUCUCGUUUCUAUCUCGGUCUGGCAUAACCUCGCUAGCGAGGAGACAAGGGAUCGCAUCAUCGCGAAGGUACCGACAUUGAAGAAGGCAUGGAGGGCCUCUGCGAAGCGCUAUGAUGCUGGAGAUGAUGCGUCCAAGGCAAAGAUGCGCUUCGAACGUCUAUGGCUGUAUACAAUGCUCCUGGAUUUCCUUCAAAGAUUGAAUGGACCUGAAAAGGACCAGGCUGAAAACUUGCUAUACUGUGAACGUUUCCUUGAGCUCUUGGUUGACCUCGAAAGUCAGCUUCCUACUAGGCGCUAUGUGAACACACUGUUGAAAGACCUCAAUCUUCUGUCAGUAAUUCGCCUUUCGCAGCUGUAUCGUGUGCCCGAGAAUGCCCUCCUCCGUGAUUUCCAUGGCCUUCUCAAGCAUUUUGUCGAAUUUGCGAUUGACGACUACACGGGCGAGGCUCUUUCGCCACAGGGAGUCUACGACCUGCAUUGCCAAGAACUGGCCCAGUUGCAAAGAACAUCGAUGAAGCUCUUCAAGGAAAAGCUCAUGAUUCUUGCUUUAUCUAAUAUGGGAUCAAUUGAGCAACGGGCAGAUCUGGAGGGACAGUUGUCUUCUCUUGAUGAGUCGGAACUUGAAAGCCUGUGCUCUCACCUAGGAUUCCGCACAAGCUACCCAAAAUCAUCGCUCGUUACCCCAGACCGGCAGUUUUAUUUGGAAGUUUUGGCAUCUUUCUAUGAACGCAAGAUCCCUUUCCAAGAAGCAGUUGAGAAGUUGAGUCCCCUCCCGACGGAAGAAAGUCUCUACGAUCCGGCCUUGUUGCGGAAUGAGACAUACGACGGAUCGAGACCUCUGGCAAUUCCAAAACUAAACCUCCAGUAUCUGAGUCUUGGGGAUUUCCUUUGGCGCUCGUUCCUCCUCUACCGCUCGGAGGCAUUCUUCCAAAUUCGCAAGGACAUGGAAUCCCUCGUGAAACGGAUGCAGCCAAAGGCAACCCGCGAUGGAAGCUUAAACUUCGAGGGAUUCUCUCGAAUGGCCAUUCCAAUUUCAAAGCCUGCUAUCAUUGACGUCGCACCGCCCAAGGUUGGGGCAACAAACCCAGCUUUUGUUCGGGCCGAGAUUGCGAUAGAAGUGGGAAGGCUUGCCGAUAAUGUCAGGAAAGAAUGGGACUCACUUCGUCCUGAUGACGUUGUUUAUCUGUUAGCAGUCCAGUCCAACCCCUCACAGUUGGGCCAGAGUGCAUCUGAGGCUCCUCGGAUGACCCACCUCCGAACGGCCGAGAUCGUACAGGUACUCGACGAGCAAGGUCGCGCACUGCGCCAAUAUCCCGGUCAAGCAAAUGGCUCUCAGUCCAGAGCACGAUUGAGGAGAUUGAUUGUCAACUUGGAUGCAGCUGCCUUCAAGGCUGACAAGGACCGACAGGCCAAUGGCAAACCGGACAUUUACCCCAUGAUCAAUGUGGUUGCACGGAGAAAGGGCAGGGAAAAUAAUUUCAAAUCAAUUUUGCAGACGAUGCAAAAGCUUAUUGUCUCUGAUAUGACACUUCCUUCAUGGCUCCAGGAUAUUUUCCUGGGUUAUGGAGAUCCCGCGGGUGCUCAAUACACACAACUGCCAAACAGACUUCGCACUGUUGACUUCCGAGACACGCUGUUAGAUUGGUCUCAUUUGAUUGAAAGCUUCCCAGGAAUCGAGCCUUCGGGGGCUGAAAACUCCAGCUUUGGACCACCAUAUGUCAUUAAUUACAUUGAUCAAGAACCUUUAGCAGAGCCUCCCACGUCGAAGAAGAGACGCCGGGAACAAGCUGCAGAGACAGUGUCUGCGCCUAGCAGUAUGAUGGUUUCCUCUUACAAGCCACCGAAUCCCGGGCCAUACCCUGUCGACACCCCUAAACUGAACAAAAUUCGGUUUACUCCCGCUCAAAUUGAAGCAAUCGCAUCUGGAACACAACCGGGACUCACCGUCAUUGUGGGACCACCUGGUACUGGAAAAACAGAUGUCACAACUCAAAUCAUUAACAACAUCUACCACAAUUUCCCCAAUGAGCGAACACUGCUCAUUGCACACAGCAAUCAAGCCCUCAAUCAACUCUUCCAGAAAAUUAUUGCUCUUGAUAUCGAUGAACGGCACUUGCUGCGGCUAGGUCACGGCGAGGAAGAAUUGGACACCGAGGCCAACUACAGCAAGUAUGGGCGAGUUGAAUCCUUCCUUGACAACCGCAAUCACUAUCUGUCAGAAGUGAUGCGUUUGGCAGCGUCACUUGGAGUUGAGGGUGCCCAUGGAAACUCAUGCGAGACUGCAGGAUACUUCAAUACAGUUUACGUUCAGCCAACAUGGGCCAAAUUCUGGGAUCAUGCCAACUCCGAAGGAGCAUCAAAUGAAGAUAUUGUUGCGUCCUUCCCAUUCCAUACAUACUUCGCAAAUGCUCCCCAGCCCCUCUUCCAAGAUGAAGCCGCGAAGGAAGCAAUUAUCGACGUUGCCACAGGUUGCCAACGUCAUAUUGCUCGAAUCUUCUCUGAACUUGAAGACAUCCGGCCUUUCGAGAUCUUGAGACAACCUCGUGACAAAGCGAAUUAUCUUCUCGUGAAGGAGGCCCGAAUUAUCGCAAUGACUUCGACUCAUGCAGCUAUGCGCCGGCAAGAAAUUGCCGAUCUGGGCUUCCACUACGACAACGUGGUCAUGGAAGAAGCCGCGCAGAUCACUGAAGUCGAGAGUUUCAUCCCUAAUGCUCUGCAAAAUAUGAAGAAUGGCGAGCUCCCUCUCAAGCGCGUCGUUCUCUGUGGUGAUCACUACCAGAACUCCCCCAUCAUCCAGAACAUGGCUUUCCGUCAAUAUGCUCACUUCGAACAAAGUCUCUUCUUGCGACUGGCGCGAUUGGGUGUCCCAGUGAUCAAUCUUGAUAAGCAAGGUCGUGCACGUUCCAGCAUUGCAGAGCUGUUCCGCUGGCGGUACAAGGAACUCGGAGACCUUCCAGUGGUUGAAACUGCCCCAGAGUACCAACAGGCCAAUGCCGGCUUCCAGUUCGACUACCAGUUCAUCAACGUUCCUGACUACCAAGGUUCCGGAGAGCGAGAGCCGACACCACAUUUCAUCCAGAACCUGGGUGAAGCGGAGUACGCAGUCGCCAUGUAUCAGUACAUGCGACUUCUGGGUUACCCUGCUGCCAAAAUCUCGAUCUUAGCCACAUAUGCUGGGCAGACGGCCUUGAUCCGGGAUGUAUUGAGUCACCGCUGUGGCAAGAAUCCCAUGUUCGGGAUGCCCAAGAUUGUGACUACGGUGGAUCGUUACCAGGGAGAGCAGAAUGAUUAUGUGAUUCUUUCUCUCACCCGAACUCGCAGUGUCGGAUACCUGCGCGACGUCCGCCGUCUUACUGUGGCUCUCUCUCGUGCUCGGCUGGGUCUAUACAUCCUCGGCCGUCGAGAAGUGUUCGAAUCGUGCUAUGAACUCAAGCCCGCAUUUGACCUGCUCCUGCAGCGCCCCGAUAAGCUCAUGCUUGCGCCUGGCGAGAUGUUCCCAUCCUCGCGGGAAGCCAAUGCAGCCAUCGAGGGCACACCUAUGGAGAGCGUUGAGCAUCUUGGCCAGUAUGUCUUUGAGAUGACGCAGGCCAAGGUCAAAGCCAUGGGCGAUGGGGACAUCACAAUUGAUGAUGCGGCGCCGGCUGGUGAGGAGGGCUAUGUGGAUGAAGAUGAAAUCAUGGGGGCUGAUGAUGAGGAUGAAGAUAUUGUAUGA